AUGGAAUUUGCACGAGACCUGCUUCCGAACUACUUCAAGCACAAUAACUUCUCGAGCUUCGUUCGCCAGUUAAAUACAUACGGAUUUCGAAAGGUUGCGCCGACGAGAUGGGAGUUUGGAAACGAUUAUUUCAAAAAGGGCGAGUUUCGGCUGCUAUGUGAAAUCCAACGACGGAAGUCGUUUGUACCAAUCGCCAACAACCAUAUAACGCAGGCUGGUCCGUCAAAAGCACCUGAGCCUAUCAAGGAAGUUUGUGCUGCUGACGAAGUCGAGCGUCUUCAGUCGGAAAACGCUUUUCUCUCGAGCGAACUCAAGCGCAUGCAACGCCUCUAUUAUGAUGCGAUAUCUCUUCUGCAACAGGCAAGCCAACCACUGGCGCAUUCGGGGCACGGUUCAAACAGCCUCUGGUAUUCCCGCCCUCCUGUCCCCGUCUUCAAUGCUCAACACCUCAUUUGUUGA